CUAAAAUAUGUUGUAGAUCAUAAUUCAAGCCUUCAAAAAUGCUGACUAGUUACAUUUAAAAAAAUAAAUAAAUUAGAAGAUAUCAUUCAAAAAUAAAAAUAAAAUUAUAAAAUUCAACUAUUGCUAGUUUAGAAAUUGUCCAGAAAUUAAAAAAAAAAAGUAUUAUAAAGGAAAUCAACUUAGGCAAGAAAUCCAAUAUUCCAAUUCAUAAAAUACUGUGUGUAAAAUAUGCUAUAAUAUGCUAAAAUAUGUAAAAUAUGCUAAAAUUUACCCAAAAAUCUCACAUGCAAAUCUAACUAAACUACUUCUUCCUUUGUCCUCCUUCCUUCUUCUACUCUCUUUUCACAUGGAAAAAAAAAGCAUUUUUGAUUUGGGAUUUUGAGUAAAAACAGAAUAUGCUCUUUUCUUGUUUUUUGCAGACAUUCUCAAAUACCAAGUUGGUUUCUUUUCUUUGAUUUAUUCAAAAACAUUUUAAAAAAAAUCAAGAACACCCACCGCCAUUUUUUUUUCUUUUCUGUUUUAUAUACUUUUUCUUCAUCCAAUUCCAAGUGUUUCUCUCUGCAUUUAGGUCAUCAGAGAGUGUUUGUUACACAACAAAGAAGCUGAAUCUAUUGCUUUAGAGGUUUUUCACUUGUGCGCUACGUUCCCCUCCCUCCUCCAUUGAAGCGUACUCCGAAUUCGCCAUUGAAGCGGCCUGUGAGCUUUCUCUUUACCACUGAAGCAGCUUCUAAGGUCAUUUGAGAAAGUUGGUUUCACGAGAAAGAAGCUGAAGCUAUUGUACAAACAAGUGCUGGUUUCUAUUGCAGAUGGGCUCUAACAGGUCGGCUGCUGGAUUACUGGAUACAAUUAGAAUGGAAAACUUCAGGACUAUACUGCCUCAUAGUUAUCCUUAUCCACAUGAACAUUCCCGUCAUGCCAUCAUUGCAGUUGUCCUGGGAUGCCUUUUUUUCAUAUCAUUUGACAAUAUGAAUACUUUCAUACAAGGGUUUGAUAACAACAUUAAGUGGUGGUCUAUGUAUCUUUGUUUGUUUGGAUUUUUCUAUUUUUUCUCAUCACCGUUUAUUGGGAAGACAAUUAAACCAAGUUAUUCAAAUUUUAGUAAAUGGUAUAUUGCCUGGAUUUUUGUGGCAGCUGUAUAUCAUCUCCCAAGUUUUCAAUCAAUGGGAGUUGAUUUGAGGAUGAACCUUUCUUUAUUCAUCACAAUAUAUAUAUCCUCAAUUUUGUUUCUUCUUGUUUUCCAUCUUAUUUUCUGUGUGCUUUGGUACCUUGGUCUUGUUGCCCGUGUGGCUGGAAAGAGGCCGGAGUUCUGGACCAUCCUUCAAAAUUGUGCUGUAAUUAGUGUUGCUUGCUGUGUAUUCUAUAGUCACUGUGGAAAUCAAGCUAUCGUGAAAGAGAGAAAGAACUUCAGCUGGUUUCCCUUUUGGAAGAAGGAGGAAAGGAAUACGUGGCUUGCAAAGUUUUUGCAAAUGAAUGAAUUCAAAGACCAAGUGUGCUCUUCUUGGUUUGCUCCUGUAGGCUCUGCAAGUGACUAUCCUUUAUUGUCAAAGUGGGUGAUUUAUGGUGAGCUAGCCUGCAGUGGCACAUGCGCAGAGUCACCUGAUGAAAUUUCCCCUAUAUAUUCCUUAUGGGCAACAUUUAUAGGUCUAUACAUAGCUAAUUAUGUAGUUGAAAGGUCAACAGGAUGGGCUCUUACUCACCCUUUGUCAUUGAAAGAAUACGAGAAAUUGAAGAAGAAGCAGAUGAAGCCUGAGUUCCUGGAUAUGGUUCCUUGGUAUUCUGGGACAUCAGCUGAUUUAUUUAAAACUGUAUUUGACCUUCUGGUUUCUGUAACGGUGUUUCUUGGGCGAUUUGACAUGCGUAUGAUGCAGGCUGCAAUGAACACUGCUCAAGAGACAGAGCAAGGGGAUCCUUUUUAUGAUCAUUUCAAAGAAAAGGAUGACUUUUGGUUCGAUUUCAUGGCAGAUACUGGUGAUGGGGGGAACUCUUCAUAUUCUGUUGCACGAUUACUUGCUCAACCUAAUUUAUAUCUGAAAGAUGGCGACUCUGUACGACCUCUUCCACGUGGAAAUCUACUCCUCAUUGGAGGAGAUCUCGCGUACCCCAACCCAUCUGAAUUCACAUAUGAGAGCCGCUUCUUUCGCCCCUUUGAAUACGCGCUCCAGCCUCCUUCCUGGUAUAAAGCAGAGCAUAUAGCUGUAAAGAAGCCAGAACUACCCAGUGGUGUGUCUGAUUUGAAACAUUACGAUGGACCUCAAUGUUUCAUUAUCCCUGGAAAUCAUGAUUGGUUUGAUGGCCUCAACACCUUUAUGAGAUACAUAUGCCAUAAGAGUUGGUUUGGUGGUUGGCUUAUGCCUCAGAAGAAGAGUUACUUUGCUUUGCAGCUUCCUAAAGGAUGGUGGGUAUUUGGUCUUGAUUUAGCACUCCAUGGUGAUAUUGAUGUUUAUCAGUUUAAGUUCUUUUCAGAACUAAUAAAGGAAAAGGUCGAAGAAAAUGAUAAUGUAAUUAUCAUGACACAUGAACCAAAUUGGCUUCUGGAUUGGUAUUGGAAUCAUUCUUCUGGAAAGAAUGUGGCACACCUAAUCCGUGACCAUCUAAAAGGAAGGUGCAAGCUCCGUAUGGCUGGUGAUUUGCAUCAUUAUAUGCGUCAUUCCUAUGUCCCAUCUGAUAAACCAGUUUAUGUGCAUCACCUCCUAGUAAAUGGCUGUGGUGGGGCUUUUUUGCAUCCCACCCACACCUUCAGUAAUUUUAGAAAAUUUUAUGGUACCCUGUAUGAAAUGAAAGCUGCAUAUCCUUCAUAUGAAGAUUCAAGCAAGAUAGCUUUAGGAAAUAUAUUGAAGUUCAGAAAGAAGAAUUGGCAAUUUGACUUCAUUGGUGGAAUCAUCUAUUUUGUUCUAGCCUUUUCUAUGUUCCCACAGUGUCAGCUUAAUCAUAUCUUGCGAGAAGAUUCCUAUUCUGGUCAUCUGAGAAGUUUCUUUUCCACUGUGCUGGAUUUAUUAUCGUAUGUGCUGGAACACUCGUACGUGUCUUUCAUAGGGACUAUGCUGCUGUUAAUAACAGCAAUAUCUUUUGUCCCAACUAAAUUCUCACGUAAGAGGCGGGUAGUCAUAGGAAUCCUCCAUGUAUCAGCACAUGUGUUUUCUGCUCUGAUUUUAAUGUUGCUGCUGGAGCUGGGUGUUGAGAUGUGUAUUCGGCAUCAGCUGCUGGCAACCUCUGGCUAUCACACUUUAUACGAGUGGUAUAGACAAAUGGAGAGAGAGCACUUUCCUGACCCAACUGGCCUUCGAGCACGUAUUGAACAGUGGACUUUUGGGCUUUAUCCUGCAUGCAUCAAGUAUUUAAUGUUUGCCUUUGAUGUCCCUGAGGUCAUGGCUGUCACAAGGAGCAACAUCUGCAAGAUUGGGAUGCAGUCACUGUCUAGAGGCUAUGCUGUAAUAUAUUAUGCCUCUGUUUUCCUCUAUUACUGGGUAUUCUCAACCCCAAUUGUGUCUUUGGUAUUUGGAAGUUACUUGUAUGUUUGCAUCAAUUGGCUUCACAUCCAUUUUGAUGAAGCCUUCUCCUCCUUGCGUAUUGCAAACUACAAGUCAUUCACUCGCUUCCACAUCGACCGUAAUGGUGACUUGGAAGUCUUUACCCUAGCUGUUGAUAAGGUUCCAAAGACAUGGAAGCUGGAUCCGAAAUGGGAUGGGGAGCCAAAACAACCCCAGCAGCUAAACCACUAUAGAAAGCAUCCCAGCAAAUGGACUGCCACUAUUAAACACCAGGAUCCAUUAUCCACGGUUAGGAUUGUAGACCAAUUUGUUAUCCGCAAGACUGAAAACAGUGACAUGCUCAGUAAUGGACCAGUACAGAUCCAAGACCUGUAGGACAAAUAGUAACAUAUGUAGAUUUUAUGCUUAGAUAGUUGCUUAGCAGGUUAGCAUAAUUUCCAGGUAAAUAGUUAGGAGGUGGGGGAGGGUGUCAGAAAUAGAUGAUUCUCCCCCCUCCCCCCACCCUUUUUGUAUAUAUAUGUUUUCUGGUUAAUUUGAAAGCUCGAAAAUAUCAACUACUGUAUUUACACGAUUAUCAGAUGUAGUUUUGCUAGAAAUGAAAUCAUUGUCUUGUUUGAA